AUGAGAAUGAUUUUGACGAGACGAGCAGGACGGCUCUCCUUCAAGCUUGCUGCCCUGAUGGCCACCCUGUUUAUAUCCUACCUGAUUGGCACGGGUAACUGGAAAGCAAACUCCAGCAGUAAGACUCUCAAUUUUACUCAACUGGGCUACGACGAUGAAAACAGGCCAGAGAAGGCGUGCAACUGCCAGGCCAUAUUGAAGGGUGACCGUGAGGCACUCGCGGAGGCAAAGUUAUUAAACCUGGGCAAAACCUUCCGCAAACAAGUCCAAGUUCCGGACCAAUUUUACGUGAAUGCCAGCAAAGACUGCAUGAAAUAUAGGACGAGCCGGAAGUAUCUUACAUUCCCCCUAAGCCAGGAAGAGGAAGACUUUCCCAUUGCUUACUCCAUUGUUCUCCAUCACAAAAUGCAGAGCUUCGAACGUCUCCUGCGGACAAUCUACGCUCCCCAGAACGUCUAUUGCAUCCACGUAGACCGGAAGGCGGCGCCUUCGUUCUUCGCGGCCGUCUCGUCUGUGGCCUCCUGCUUUCCCAACGUUUUCCUGGUCAGCCGGCGCGAGUACAUGAUCUAUAACGGUUGGUCCCGGGUCCAGGCUGACCUCAACUGCAUGGCCGAGCUGAAUGCCAGCAGCGUGCCGUGGAAGUACUUCCUCAAUCUCUGCGGGCAGGACUUUCCGCUUAAGACGAACCUGGAGAUAGUGCGAGCGCUGCGGGCGCUCGACGGCCGCAACAGCCUGGGGUCGAUACCCAUGCCCUGGGAUAAGAAGUGGAGGACGGAAAAGGUUUUCAAGGUGGUGAAAGGAAAAUGGAACACGAACGGGACUAAGAAAACAGGACAACCGCCCUUCAAGCUCUUUUCAGGGAACGCCUACAUAAUCGUGACGAGAGGAUUCAUCCAAAGCGUUCUGGAGGACCGACGCAUCCAGGUCCUCUUGGAAUGGGCCAAAGACACCUUUGACGCUGAGGAGAUGGUGUGGGCGACCAUUCAGCGUAUACCCGGCGUACACGGCUCCACAUGGCCCCACUCCAAGUACGACAUUGGCGACCAACACGCCAUUGCCAGGCUGGUUAAGUGGGCCUGGCACGAGGGCAAUCCAACGUCCAAAAAUGCUGCGUACCCGCCUUGCCAAGGUGUACACGUGAGGGGCGUUUGCGUGUACGGGGCGGGCGACCUACAGUGGUUGUUGACGCACCGGCAUCUCUUUGCUAACAAGUUUGACAUAAACACGGAUCCCAUCGCUAUCUACUGUCUGGAAAAGUACCUCCGACAAAAAGUGCUGGACCAGCUAAGGGAAAUGAAUGGCGAGUAUGGGUGGGAACUUCCGGGUACCUCUCAAUAA